AUGGCUUGUACUGGAAUUGUUGCGAAAGCUGGCUACUCGACUUCAUCAUCAGGACCAACCAAUGAGCCUGUUGUUUCUGUUGAUUGGCUCCACUCUAAUCUUAGGGAGCCUGAUUUGAAAGUGACUGCCUCUUUUGUGCCAUUUGUUAUCUAUCGACUGACAUACUUAAAUGAACUUGUUUCUGUUCUGUUUUGCUCCGGUUUUGGAUGCGUCAUGGUUGCUCAUAUUCCCGGUGCUCUCUUCUUUGAUUUGGAUGGAAUAUCAGAUCGAUCAACAAGUUUGCCACAUAUGUUGCCGUCUGAGGAAGCUUUUGCUGCUGGUUGUUCUGCUCUUGGAAUUGAGAACAAGAUGGAGUCGUUGUUUAUGAUGCAAAGGGGAUCUUUAGUGCAGCACGUGUAUGGUGUUUGUGUUUUUUUGCGAAGGAUGUUCCGUGUUUUUGGACAUGAGAAAGUGUGGGUGCUCGAUGGAGGUCUACCGAGAUGGCGUGCUUUUCAGGUUAUGAUGUUGAAUCUAGUGCAUCAGGUCAGCCCUGAAACCUUUAAAACGAAGUUCCAGCCACAUCUAGUGUGGACACUUGAUAAGGUCAAGAACAAUAUGAAGGAGCAGACACAUCAACACAUAGACGCUCGUUCCAAAGCAAGGUUUGACGGUACUGCUCCAGAACCCCGUAAGGGAAUAAGAAGCGGUCAUAUUCCCUGGAAGCAAAUGUAUUCCUUUUCCACAGGGACUGUUCCUUGGCUCAGCUUUAGGUGGACGAGUUGGCUGAGAGUCGGCACUCUCCACCAUGUUUAUCACAAGAUUGGUCGCCUUGGAAAGGUCUGGAAACUCGAUCAGGUUCUUGCAGCUUGUGAAAUUUAG